CUCAGACAAACAGAUCGACGGAACUUUUACACAAUGCCAGCUGCAGCCUCUCUCCCUGCCAUGACCGGAAAGCUGCGCAAGAGGCUCAUCUUCGAUCUCUCCGUUGCGCUCGGAGGCGGCACCGCCCUUGGCUACGCAUACUGGUACGGCGUCCACAUUCCCUCUGUCCAGCGUCGCGACGCGUUCUACGCCAAGCUGCAGUCGAGCAAGUCGGAAGAGUGAAGCGCGCGAGGCAUCCACAUGCUGCUCCUACCCGCGUCAUGCGCGUCAUUUAGGCAUCCCAGCCGCAGCCGCAAUACAUGUAGAUGACAAGUACCUGGCUUAUGGUAUUACUCUUCGCUUGAGGACCCGUCUACUACCCGACUUUCCCACCUUUUAGGUACUUGGGCCAAUAUACGUCGGGUUUUACGUUUGAGCAGACGCAGUGAGAGCGCCGCAUCCAUGGCGGUUGCCAUAUUCUCCGCACCUUGGGAUC